UUUCCCGAGCGUGAAUAGCGCGCGGUAGCUGUUCCGCAGUCUCACCGAGCACUCGGUAGACUUCGACAAUCCUUACGCAUAUAGACAUUGUUUUUAGUGUUUAUCCGUCUGCACACGCGGUGACGACGGCACAUGUUGAUUUGAAGUAAGGGUGCACGUCCUCGCCCCAGGUUCGACCACUCGAGGAGAGGACAAGAGUGCGUUUAUCGUUGCUUUCUGCGGCGUCGUUGGCAGAGGGAGAGAGAAAGAGUCGCUCGUACGUGUACACGCUACUUUGGUUCCUUCCAAGUAGCACCAGCAACAAGCAGCUUUUGAAAUCGUAAACGGUGAACAAGUAAAGUAGCGGACGAGUAGUGACUUGACUGACGGAGGCAUUCCGUAAACUGCAACCAGAGGAUAACAGGCCUCUAGUAAUAAUAUUGCGUUUGGAGAGUUUUUGAAAAAGUCGUCAAAAUUCCGGUCCCCACAAGGAAACCAGAAGGCCCCCAAAAAACCGGCGGGAGAAAUCCACCAACUUCUGGUGAGGAUAGCUAUCACGAUAGCAAAAUGAGCAGCAAAAGAAAGAACCGUCCAAACCUUACAAGAUCUCCACGGGCUCGAGGUCCGCAAGACCGCAGUGUCAUAGCGGAAGGAGUUUACAACAAUGCUCAUUUUAUGCAUGCAAUUACAAGCCAUGUGGGUAACACUGUUCAGGUUCAAACUCAAAAUGGUUCAAUCUAUGAAGGUGUUUUUCGAACAUUCUCUAGUCAAUUUGAAGUUGUUUUGGAAAUGGCUCACCGAGUUGAAAACUCUGGAAAGAUGAAUGUUGAGAGUGUUGUAGAAAAAUUGAUCUUCAAACCCCAAGAUAUAGUGAUGCUAUCUGCCCUAGAUGUUGACUUGGAAUAUGCGGUAAGAGAUACAUUCCAAACAGACACAGCAAUCAGCAAAUUUAAUGGUGUUCUGAAGGGAGAAAAAGAACUUGAACCUUGGGAUGCUAGUACUGAUAACGGAAAACCAACAAAUGGGGCCAGUUUGGAAUUAGAUUCCUCUUCAAAUGGUUGGGAUGUUGAUGAAAUGUUCCGUGAAAAUGAGCAAAGAUUUGGUAUUCAAACCACGUUUGAACCAAAUUUAAGUCAAUAUACUGUUCAGCUGCAGCGCAAAGAUACAAAGGAUUACAAAGAACAAGAAAAGAAAGCUGCGGAAAUAGCAAGCGAGAUUGAGUCUCAGCCAGAUCAUAGAGCUCGUUUGGAACUCGAAAAUGGCGAUGAAGAAGAUAAAUUCGCUGCUGUUUCUCGGAGCAACGAAGGUAAAUAUGUUCCUCCAGCAAAAAGGAAAAAUGGAAAUACCGGCAAGUUGAUGCGUACAACUCCGCCACCACAGUCACCAGGUUCGGCGACGAGUAAGAACGCGUUCAAUCAGCCUCCAGCGUCUACCAACACCACUGUAAAUGUUCCUCCUUCAAGCAACAUUCCAGCUAAUAUGCCGUCACACCCACCCGUCGUGCAACACGCGGUACCUAUGAAUAUGAAUGCAAUUCCAAGUGGCAUGCCCAGCGGAGUUGUAGUCUCGUACAAUCCGCCACCUUUUGUGCCUGCACCGUCUUCUCAACCACCCCCGCCUGGCCCUGUGAUGUCGCAGGGCCAGCCUCCAUCGCAAGUCACUUCGAAUAUUCCUCAGGUACCAUUUUCUGGUCCACAGCAACCACCCAUGAACAAAAUAAGUAUGGAGAAACGUGAACGUCCUAGUAGACAACAAGUUUAUCAAUCAGACAAGGCGCCACCUGCGCCUUUCCCUGGUGCUCAUGUGGUGCCUCAGCAUCCUCAGCAGUCGCCACAACCCCAGCCACCGUCGCAUGUUCCCAUGCAACAACAGCAACAAAAUGUGGCAGAUGGUCCUCCCUCUCAAAUGAUGCCUCCUAAGGAGCAACAAUCACAUAGAAAAGCACCAAUUCCGAGAAGUCGAGAUGAUCAGAAUUCUGAACUAAGACAAUUUCACACAGAGUUUAAGUUGGCGGAGCCACAAGUCGGUCAGGAGCAACAACAGCAGCAGCAACAGCAACAACAGCAACAACAACCACAACCACAAUCGUCACUCGGUAGAAAACCUCAUCCUCAAGAAGCGCAUUUACCGCAAGGUCCUCCAAUGGGUCCGCCACAUCAUCAACAAGCACAUUCACACAGUACGCCACCACAAACGGUGCAGCCAACACCUGCAUCACAGCAGCAUCAGCCACAUCAACAACCUCAUCAACCGCCUAUACAAGAAGAGCUGGUAGUCACAAAUAAGCCUCCACCAGGCUCGAUACCAGUUCAAUCAACGAGUCCACAGCAGCCUCCGCAGCCAUCUCCAUCUCAGCAACAGUCGCAGCCACCGCCUCCAUCUUCGCAACCUCCACAGUCUCAACCGCAAAAUCCACAACCAACGCCGCCAACUCAGCAAACACCACCGGAUGUUACUGUCGAAAAAAUAGCAAAUUCCUUUAAAAAUUCCACGCUUAAUCCGAAUGCUAAAGAAUUUAAUCCGAAUGCUAAACCUUUUACACCGCGAUCUCCGAGUACACCGACACCAAGUAGACCACAUACGCCUCAAACUCCACAAUACGCGCCAGCAACAAUGUCCUCUGCAGUCGUGGUACCUGCAUUUAUAAUGCAAAAUCAACCACCAGGCGCAUUCACGCAACAACCAACUCAACAAAUGACUAGGUUCCGGAAGGGAAGUCAAUAUUUAGUACCUGUGAUGCAACAUCGAGGGCCCGACGUAGCAUCGCAGAUGCAGGUGGCUGCGGCAACGGGACAGCCACUGUUGGCUCCAGCUCCGCUACAUCCGCCAUUCCAGUUGCCUUAUUCCGGACAACCGAUUUACGGAGCUCAAGCAGUAAGAAUGGUGCAGACGGCACCGCCUCCGCCACACCUCGCCGCAAAUCCGUAUCAUCAUCAUCAUGAAUCUCCGGGCCCUCAAGCUCCGGGACUACAGUAUAUGAAUCCGCACGCCCAUCCACAUCCCCAUGUUGGUCAACAGCCACCGAGUCAAACUCCGUCACCGGCCAACCCCAAUCCACCUCAUACGCCCAGCGCUUACAAUCCUCCAGGUACACCACAGCCCUCGUACCCGCAACCACCACCAAGUCAUGCACCAGCGGGCUAUCCUAUGAUUUGUCCCAUAAUUCCGCCGCAUUUGCCUCUACCACCCCAACAUAUGCAGUACAUCCCACAGCCUCAGCCACCACCAGGCCAGCAAACCAUACCCGUCAUCAUGCCGCAUAACCAGUAGUCCCACGCCUUCCCAGGCAGACAGCAGCAGCAACACUUACGAGAAAGCCAGCGAUAAGGAUGCGCACAUAUACAAACAACACAUACGCCUGGGUAUAUACAUACGUAUGAGAGAAAACGUGCUCUCGUUGGCUCAGGAUACAGUGCCGCGCGGGUUUAAAUCUGCUAGUGCCGGGAAGUGCGGAAAAAUAAACAUAGAACUUUAUCGAUAUAAAUAUAUACAUAUAUAAAUAUAUUAUCAUUACGACGGAAAUCGUAACACCUGCGGAAAUAUUAGCGAAAAUUUCCAAGUCACUUUUAUCAACGUUGGACGAUUGCGGCCAAAAUGAAAAAUUUUCUGUUAUACUUUCUACAUCUAUCUACGUCUAUACCCGUACAUCUCCACCUUCAUAUUUUCAUUUCUGUUUUUAUCUUCCUUAUCACCUCACUCUCAUAGACUAUCUACUUAAGUUAAUCAUCACACUCGUCUUUUGAUCUCUCCUUUAACUUUCCUUCUUUCUCUCUCUCUUUCUCUUUUAUUUUAUUUUUUCUUCUCUUUUUGGCUCGUGAGUGAAACAGCGACGGAUUUUCACUCUUCUACAUUGACAUAAUACAUAUCUGCUCUCAAUUGCUUCUGAGGUAUAAGAGUCUCUUACGAAAUUUAUUAUUAUUUUGUGUUCAUAAGAGGAAAUCACUUUAAACGUCACGUUAAAAAGAACUAUAACUCUUGCAAGUGGCUUUCACUGCGACUAGGUAUAUAGUAUAAUUAAAAAACUUGACGCCCGCAGCUUACGUGCAGUUCUUAAACUGCGUUGUAAAAAGCUCGUAGCAGGGAAAACAAAUGUUCUCAUUUUUAAUUGAAACAAGCAGAUAAUGCUGCUCGAUAGAUGAUAUGCUAUUCUGCGAAUAUAUAGGAAAGAAAAGCAGAGUAGUGAGAGAGGAUGUGAAAUCGCUCGAAUGAAUACACAAGGUUCGCAUACAAGCUUCCAAUCCGGAUAAGCUGUGUAUACCAAAGCUGGAGUGACGCAAAAUAUUAGGAGAAAGGGAAAAUGUCAAAUCACAAUAAUGAUAUUUGUCAUUUUCAACGAUAUGGUGUUCUGAGAAGAAAAUCUUUGAUCAUAACAUUCUAAAUGCCUUUUUAGAAAAAAAGUUAGCUGAUCAAAAUAAAAAAAUUCAGAACACACAUUUGUGUGACAGUUUUUUUUUUUUUUUUUUUUUCUUUUUUUUUUUUUUUCAAAAUAAAAAAAGUUAUUAAAAUUUAUCAAAUUUUAAUAAUAUCGACAUCAAUUUGAAAUUUAGAAUCUCCUUCUUAGCUUAAGAAAAGAGAGGCAGAAUAAAGAUAGUGGGAAAUUAAGGAAGGAGGAAAUGGGAGAUCAAAUUUGAAAACGUAUGCGCAUUGAAAUGUUACAUCUUUCAAUAUGGUGAAGUGUAGGUGAAGUGUACGGUAUUACAACGGGGAUGCGAAAGAAUUUGCACACUCCAAAUUUGUUGAUAUUGAUUUUUGUUAUUAAAAAAAAUACGACUCACGUGAUAAGAACUUCGAUGCCUGUAUUUUCUAUCGAACGCUAAAAAAUUGAUAGACACGCAAAUGAUAUCGCUAUUUCGAGUUCAAUACAGAAUAUUGCCAACGAGAUAUAAAGCUUGUACACAGCUUGUGUCACAAUCGUGAAUAAUUUUCUUGUCGAGAAAUAAACUUGACGCUUGAAAUAUGUGAUGCUUUUAUACAACGCAAUUAAUAUCCGAUAUGUAUAAAAUUGCCAUUUUUCUAGGUCAUCUGGUUCAAAAUCCUUUUUCUAUGCAUGAACUUUAGUUAUUCGUUUGUUACGCAUAGGUCAAAGAAAUAAAACAUAUUUUUCAGAAUCAUUUUAUUUCUGCAGGCAUGCAGAAGAGAAAAUUAAGCGGGUUCAAUUACUUUUCGAAUAAUUUGCUUAUUUAUUCAUUAGCAGAAAACAUUCACAUUUCAGUGCAAAUUAAUACAUAUUUUGUAUCAAAGCAUGUUGAAAUAAAAAUAAAUAUCUCGAAACUUAUAACUGUUUAUGCAACCGAACAAUCAUGGUUGAAGUGUGCGAUAUCAAGAUAUUAAAGAAUGGAACAAUCUUUUACGGCCUUAGACCUAGUCGAGUAUAUAGAGUGAGUGAGAAAAUCAGGAACAGACAGAAUAUCACACAGCGUGGCAUCGUUACACAAAUUUUAUAUGGAAGAGAUUUAAAAAAAAACCAUCAAAUAAAUUCAUUAAAAAGCAAUAGUUCUGCAUCCUUUUCUUUUGUUUUUAUGCGUUUCAUUCCUUAAAAUAGUUUAAAAAAUGCGCUGUCCACUUAAUGAUUUUUUAGGUAUACAGCAUAUAAAACGCAUAAAAAAUAUUUUAUUGAUAAAAAGAAUAGAAAAUAUAAAUUGUAUUUUUUUGCUUUAUACUUAAUACUACGAAAUUAAUUAUUUACCAAUACUUAAAUAUUAUUAGUACACAAUAACUCAUUUACAACUUUUUAUUUAUGAAACCCUAAAUAAUUUCAUCUGUCGUAAUUUUUGUUGCAAAGUUUUUGUUGAUGAUGUAUUAGAUUGAGCACAUACAGAUACAAAUGGAAUUAAUAUUCGAAUGUUCUGACUUCUUUUUUCUUUAAAAAUUGCAAAUACCUGUUUUUGCAGCAAUUUUUUCCUUUUUAAUGAUUCA